AUGGGGUUCAACUUCAAAAGAGUGGUCGACUUUAUCGCGCCUAGCGCAGAUAAGGAAGACGAUGGCCGUGAUAAAUGGCCCUCGCGCGCAGCCUUUGUGCUCGCUGCCAUGGGCGGUGCUGUUGGCCUCGGCAAUCUUCUCCGCUAUCCCUCCGUCGUCUUCGCCAACAAUGGUCUUCAAUGGUUCAUUCCGUAUCUCAUCGCCCUCUUCUUCCUCGGAAUCCCAGUUCUGUGCCUCGAGAUCUGCAUCGGCCAAGCCUACCGCGGCAGUGUCGUUGUCGCCUUCAAUGGGAUCAAUAAGCAUACCAAGGGUGUCGGCUUGGCCGUCAUCAUGAACGGAUUUAUCGUUGCUACUUACUACGUCCCUAUCUUGGCCUGGAUCAUGCAUUAUUUUCGAUGCUCUUUCGAGAGCCCUCUUCCCUGGACCGGUCGCGGACAGGAAUUCUACAUGCAGGAUGCUAUCGCCAAUGAUGACCCCAUUGUUCCCGAGGGUUCUGGAUAUGUUGAGUAUCCUGGCACUGGCUUUGUCGGCGAGACUGUCGGCUGGGCUGCCUUUAUGUGGGUGCUCGUGUGGCUGUGCAUGUUCAAAGGCGUUGGGACAACCGGCAGGGUUGUCUACUUCACGAUGGGUCUGCCCGUCAUCAUGAUCAUCAUCAUCCUUGGCCGAUCAGUUUCUCUCCCAGAUGCCUCGACUGGCAUUAAGUAUUAUUUUGGUGAGUGGAAUGGUGAGAAACUCGGCAGUGGCGGUAUUUGGCAAGCAGCUUGCGGACAGAUCUUUUUCUCCAUCGGCGUGGGCUUUGGAUAUUUCACCUCCUAUGCUUCCUACAACAGCAAGCAUGCAAACGCCGUGCAGGAAACUCUGAUUAUCGCAAUCUGCAACUCUCUAUAUGAAGUUGUUGGUGGCUUUGCCGUUUUUGGUGUCAUUGGUUUCUUGGGUUACUCUCCUGACGACUCGUCCAUCUCGCUGAGUACUUUUACCGUUGGCUUCUUGACUUACCCCCUUGCAUUGGCGGAAAUGCCGGGUGCCAACGUCUGGGCUGUUCUAUUUUUCCUCACGCUGGCUGUUCUUGGCCUCAGCUCCGCGUUUGCUCUCAGCGAAUCCCUUGUCACGCUCAUCUGCGACUGUGGACUGGGUCGCAAGUUCUCGAGAGUACUGAUCACCACUGUCAUCAUUCUUCUUUCCUUCCUCCUCUCCCUUAUAUAA